AAGCAGCAGCAGUAUGUGACAGACACUGAGUGAUGGAUAAAAAUAAUUGCUCGUGCUCUUUUUUUGUUGGUUUAUCACCCACCCUAUACCCCAGGUGAGUCACUUUAUUGAAUGUUGCCCCUGAAUUUACCGUUGAUAAUAGGUCGGUAACAUGUUGGUGUGAGAACUUCAACACAGGAUCAGUAAAAUCCAAAUCUGCUGCGGGUCUGAUGGUGGCAUGACGAGGUUAAUUCUCAACAUACAAAUAUCCCUCCUGACCCCGACUAAAUAUGUUUAUUGUUCAGUUUACUCACGGGAAAUGGAGGGUCAUCCAGCUCGCCUCAGGAUUAUAAACAACCACCCCUGCGCACCGAGAGUAUAAAUACUGACGGUGCGCCACUCUCUUCUCAGUCUUCAUGCGCAGCGCUGUUACGCACGGAGCGGGCUAUUAGACGAGGAGGGAAUCGUGUUAAAAGACAGAGCAGCAGAAAAUCAGUGAGCAAUAACUUUAUCCAUUGCUUUACAGUAAAAGCUUUUGUUGAAAAAACUGAGAGCAUGUCGGUAGUGAGCGCAGUGCCGUUCAUGAAGCCGCUUCACAUGCGCUCUCCGGUGCCGCGGGGCCGCCGCCACACGCUGCCGGCCAGCGAGUUCCGCUCCCUCAGCCCGGAGGAUGCCAUCAGUGUGUUCGAGAUUGAGAGAGAGGCCUUCAUCUCAGUGUCCGGCGAGUGUCCUCUCCACCUGGACGAGGUGCGUCACUUCCUCACCCUGUGCCCUGAGCUGUCUCUUGGCUGGUUCGAGGAGGGACGUCUGGUGGCUUUCAUCAUUGGCUCACUGUGGGACCAGGAGAGGCUUACCAUGGAUGCCCUGACUCUCCAUAAGCCUCAUGGGACCACUGUCCAUAUCCACGUCCUCGCUGUGCACCGGACCUUUCGCCAGCAGGGCAAAGGCUCCAUCCUGAUGUGGCGCUAUCUGCAGUACCUCCGCUGCCUGCCUUACGUCCGCCGAGCUGUACUCAUGUGUGAAGACUUCCUGGUUCCCUUCUACCAGAAGUCAGGCUUCAAGGUGCAGGGGCCCAGUGAGAUCACAGUGGGACCGCUCACCUUCAUCGAGAUGUUCUACCCUGUCAGGGGCCAUGCCUUCAUGCGUCGCAACAGUGGCUGUUGAGGACAGAGGGACUUAAAUGUGGAUUGUCCCUGGGCACAAGUGGCGGUGGGCCUCCCUCCUCUUGGAAAGAGGAUGAGGGGGACCUCUGAGAAGCUUUGUUGUACGUGAGCGACUGGCAGUGUUUGUGAUCACUGCUGUGAGUGAGGGUUGUUCAACAGGCAGCGAGGUAUGUGUUCAGUCUGCAGAGUCAAAAACAAAGAGCUGCUAUCCAGCUGCCCAAAACAGCUGUUUGGAAAAGUGGUCAGAGAGUACAAAUAAAUUGAUCUGUAGUCUACUGAGAGUAAGGAAUGUCAACUAAAUCAUUAUAGAACA